CGCCAUACUCGGCACGCGUGGUUCCUCGAUUCCCGAUGAGUGGCAUGCACGGUGGUUUAAUCCCCGUGUUCGUUUGUUUGUUCAAAAUAACCCUUACGUAAGAAGUGCCAGACAACCUAGUCCCCGGCUCGGUAGGGAUGUUUAUCAUCGGUGAACGACAAAACUCCGAAAAAGGGACAACGAACAGAAAUGACGUCCGAGCGGUUUCACAAAGCUGCACGCGACCGCGCCUUGGACAUCUUACAAGAAGCAACAAAAAAGGAUUGUAACGCCCGGGAUGACGGAGGAAUGACCCCCACAUUAUGGGCAGCCUUUGAAGGUCAUAUAGAUGUGUUGAGACUGCUCGUCGCCAAAGGGGGGGACCCCGACAAAACCGACUAUUUUGGUAACACAGCCCUCCACCUGACAGCGGCGAGGGGCCACGAAUAUUGCGUCAGGUUCCUCGUAAAAUUCGGCUGUAACAUUUGGUCGUUAGACAUCGAUAGACAUUCUGCCAGAGAUUUAGCUGCUAUAAACGGAAGGGAGUCCAUUCUCCAGUUUCUGGAUCUUGCACAGGCUGAUCAAGAGCUUAAUAAUCGUAAGAAAAGCCGUAUACUUCGAGAGAAGGCUGAAAAAGAUGCUGAGAAAAGGUUAAAAGAAUACAUGAAGAAGCAAAAAAUGGCGGAAAUUAGGGCCGAGAAGGAGCAAAAAAAAUGGUCGAAGGAUCGAACGAAAUUAGACAUAGCUAUGGUGCACGAAACUGGUAUCCUACCUUGCAAACCCAGUAUAUUGACCUUCAAAGGUCGAGUGAAGCCAUCGCCAACAUUCAGCGAUAUUGUCGGCACUACCGCCAAGAAGCAUGGCAGUACGGUCUGUAGGAAAGCUUUAGCGAGAAAGGCUGUCGAUGAUUUUAAAGUAGUAGAGAUCGAAGUAAAUGGAAAAAAGUCAAUUCGUAGUCUCACUGGCCUUAGAAGGGAUUCUGAGGUGAUGUACGUCGGAACUUAUGAGACGCAAGCACAACAAAUGGGAAGGAGAGGGAAAAUUUCGGACGUUUGGGGCAUAUUGAGUAAAGCACAAAGUACACCUGAUCUUUUGGGCGACCGUACUUUUCACGAAGACCUAGAGCAAGACGAUGGAGAGGACAUAAAUGGCACUGGAGACGCUGCCUUCUUGCAAGAGCCUGCAAGCAUUUUCAAUCGACCCGGGUUUGGAUCGGUGGCAUUUAGGAGAGCUAUAACAACUACCUUCGAGAAUCUACCUGUCUCGCAAAUGGACUCGCAUCAACAAAACGGCAACACUUGCGUGAAUGGUUCUCUAAAUGGAUCUAUAAAUGGUCACAGAGCCAGUUCAAAUGGGCAUAACGAAGAACUCAGCAUAGGAAGCGCAGGUAGCUUAGCUCGCAGGCAAAGCAUGUGGGAUGACGAUUUACUUUCAGAGGAAGAGGAAGAGGAGGAGGAAGAGGAAACUGACGAAGAAUGGACGCCUUUACAAAGAUUCUUAGUUGCCAAUAAUCUGUUAUCUAUACACCCGGCUUUAGAGUCGGAACACAUCGAUCUGGAAGCUUUAAUGUUGCUCACCGAAGCUGACAUCGCGGUACUAAGACUUCCGCUUGGACCGAAACGGAAAUUGAUGAACGCGAUAGCGAACCGGAAGAAGGCAUUAGACGCGCCAGAGAAUGUCAUCAAAGAUAGUAGAUUGUAA